AUUGUGGGUCCUUCGGACUUCCGGGUUAGGAUAAACAGUGAGCUAACGGAGCCGCCUCAUAAAAAUGUCUAAAGUAACGUUUAAAAUCACGCUGACGUCGGAUCCCCGGCUGCCAUACAAAGUACUCAGUGUCCCAGACAGCACGCCGUUCACCGCAGUGUUGAAGUUUGCAGCUGAGGAGUUCAAAGUGCCAGCAGCAACCAGUGCAAUUAUAACUAAUGAUGGAAUAGGAAUCAACCCUGCCCAGACAGCAGGAAAUGUGUUUCUAAAACACGGCUCAGAGCUCCGCAUCAUUCCCAGAGACAGAGUGGGAGGAUGAGAGGACUGACGCGGCGGCGGAAUGACUCGCGUAUCACUCGAGACCCGGGAAACUCCUCAGCAUGUGUCAUCAUUCUAUUUUUUUGGUCCACAACUGACGGUGACUCACAUGAAAAUAUAAAUAUAUAUAUUUAAAUCUGAUGAUGACUUGUGCUCACGCUGGCAUGCCUGCCUGUUUUUUUUUGUUUAGUUCUUUUUACUUUGAAUCUGUAAUUACUUCAAAAUAUCAGGACAUGGCACAUUAUAAUAAUUAAUACAGACAAACACAGCGGCUGCUUCCUGGGAUGGAUUUUAGCAAAUCAUAAUCAACAGUUCUAGCCUUUUUUUUUUAUAUCAUUGUAAAUGACAAUAAACAACCGGUAUGACUAACAGUUUA